GAAGCGGCAGUGCCGCGUGAGUCCGGCAGAGACCUAGGCAGCCGUUGGGAGGGUGGCCUGUCCCUGCUGCCGUGCGUGGCCCCGGCCAUGGCUGUCCGCGCCAGCUUCGAGAACAACAAUGAGCUGGGCUGCUUCGCCAAGCUCACCAACGCCUACUGCCUCGUAGCUGUCGGCGGUUCCGAGAACUUCUACAGCGUCUUCGAGGGAGAGCUUUUCGGGACCAUCCCGGUGGUGCACGCCUCUAUCGCUGGCUGCCGCAUCAUCGGCAGAAUGUGUGUGGGAAACAGACAUGGACUGUUGGUCCCAAGCAGUACAACAGACCAAGAGCUUCAACAUAUCCGCAAUAGUCUCCCAGAUUCUGUACGAAUUCAGCGAGUAGAAGAGCGUCUCUCGGCACUGGGCAAUGUCACUACCUGCAAUGACUAUGUAGCUCUUGUUCAUCCAGAUCUUGACAGGGAGACAGAAGAGAUCUUGGCAGAUGUACUGAAGGUUGAGGUUUUCAGACAAACGGUAGCAGAUCAGGUGCUGGUAGGAAGUUACUGUGUUUUUAGUAACCAAGGAGGAAUUGUGCACCCCAAAACUUCAAUUGAUGAUCAGGAUGAACUGUCUUCAUUGCUCCAGGUCCCACUCGUGGCUGGAACAGUGAAUCGUGGCAGUGAAGUCAUUGCAGCAGGAAUGGUUGUAAAUGACUGGUGUGCCUUCUGUGGUCUGGACACAACCAGCACUGAACUCUCCGUCAUCGAGAGUAUCUUCAGGCUGAAUGAAGCUCAGCCAAGUACUAUUGCUACCAGCAUGAGAGAUUCCUUGAUUGACAGCUUGACAUGAGCAAUGCUGGUUCCUACUUUUCAGAAAGCUCCUAAGGAGUGAGGGGUCAAGCUGCACUUUGGAUUACAGACAUCUAGACCUUCUGAUGUUGUUUCUGCAGGCCUAGGCCAAGGAAGAGGCUACAAAACCAACUUUUCCUAGUGUUUUGUAAACUAAGUAUUAUUUAAAAACCUGAUAAAUAACAUAAGUUACAAGUAA